GACGUACGGUUGUUGCCGGAAGUGACUCGAGACCUCGUUUCCGGUGUAAUCUGGGGGUGAGUCCAUAACGGUCUGAGAGGGCGCCCGAGGAAGGAAAGCGGCGAUGGCGUUGUGGCCGCCUAGGGCCCCCCGGGAGUUCUGCCCGAGGCCGGAGGAAGAGUUGCCGAGGCCGAACGCCCAGGUCUACAAUCAUGGGAUCGAAUUGGCAUGUCAGCAGCAAAAAGAAUUUGUAAAGAACUCAGUGGAAUGCAAGUGGAAUUUAGCAGAGGCCCAACAGAAACUGGGCUGUUUAGCGCUACAUAAUUCUGAAUCUCUGGACCAGGAACGUGCCAAAGAACAAACUGAAGUUGCUGAGUUAAAAUGGAGGGAAGAAGAGUGGCGGCGAAAAGAAGAGGUGUUAAGAAAAGAGGAAAGACAGGAUAUGUGGAACACUGACUUUGUUAGCAAGGAAGUAUUUAAUAAGAGUUUCAUUAAUCAGAGGGAAAGAAAAGAAACAGAAGAUGAUGUAUCUAAAUCAUUCAUGCAAAAACAUGAGCAGAAAAUUAGACACUUUGGUAUGCUGAACAGGUGGCUUGAUAGCCAGAGAUUUCUUUCGGACCACCCCUACCUUGUCUGUGAAGAAACAGCCAAAUAUCUCUUCUUAUGGUGUUUUCAUCUAGAAGCGGAACAGAAAGGAGCUCUGAUGGAACAAGUAGCUCACCAAGCAGUGGUGAUGCAGUUUAUUAUAGAAAUGGCCAAAAGCUGUAACGUGGAUCCUCGAGGAUGCUUUCGUCUUUUUUUCCAAAGAGCUAAUACAGGGGAAGAAGGCUAUUUGGAGGCUUUUAAAAAUGAACUUGAAGCAUUCAAAUCAAGAGUAAGGAUUUGUUCGCGAUCACAAAACAUGCAAGCUACACCUCUUCAGAUCUCCUCAUUUCAUCCUGAUCUGAAUUGUAUAGGAGGGCAUGCAUCUUUUUCACAGAACAUAGACUUGCUUCAUGGCUGCAAUUCUAACUCUAUGGUACACAGAGAGGACGAAGAACCCAAAAUGAUGGAUACAGUAUAGUGUUUCCAAAACUUCAGCCAAUAGCUUUUAUUAAAAGAGAAGAAUGUGGUGACUUUCUUGAGACAUUUUUCUGGGUGCUGCACUUUAUUUUGAGUGUUUGUUGUUUGGCGAGAGAUUAACCUGGAAACACUCUUGACUUUUUGUUUAGAAAACAUGCUGCUAUGUUUUUUUUCCUUUCAUUUUUUAAAAAAGGGGCUUUCUGUAUGUCAAGGAAUGUGAAACUGGAUGUUUUAUGCUACUACUAAACUUUGCCUUUUUAAUUUUAGGAAUCAAAGUAUAAAAAGGAUCUACAUAUUUGCAAUGUUUACAGUUGAUUGAUUCUUGGAGGAAUCUGUUUUAAUCUAAUAGAUAUGCCCAUGUCCUAUUCUGGAUGCGAAAUCCAGUGUAAUAUGGUCUACUGCUUGUACAGUCAGUGUUUAAAUCUGAUUUUAUCACAACUAGCAAUAAAUCAGUGGUAGCUAUUAAUACUGUAUAUCUGCUUGGCUCAGAUAAAAGUGCUGGUAUUUCAAUUCUGCUAGAGGGAUGAGAUUUUUUUUCCUUUUUGAACAAAUUCUUUAAUAUACUUUCCUCUGACACUUGUCUGUUUUGAUGUGUAAAUGAUGGUUAUCUUGAAUUGAAUAUAAACAGUAUUGUUAAGAGCUUUUAAGGAGUAUAAAACAUAUUUUCUAGAGGCAGGAAAGCUUUGAGAUAGCACUGUUUGACAAAUAUCAAGUAUCCAGAUUGACAAGAAAUCAGUAUAACUUGGUUACUUUUGUUACCUUCAGAAUAUUAUUUUAUAAUAAUGAUGAGCAUUUAAGCAAAUUCAGGUGCCAAACUGACUGAACCUGUUUUCAGUGAUAUCAUGUGAAUGUGAGGCUUAAAGUGUCCUAUCAGUAUGCUUUUUAAUUCUUCGGGUCAUACUAGCAGGAGACAGCUUGGAAAACUGAAAGCAAACUUUUGAGAAGUUUGGGUUCUAAUAUAUGUCAAUGUAGACCAGGCAUGGGCAAACUUUGGCCCCACCAGGUGUCUUGGAUUUCAACUCCCACAAUUCCUAACAGCCGGUAGACACCUGGAGGGCCAAAGUCUACCCAUGCCUAGUGUAAACUCUGUUGCCUUCCUCUUGUAUAUUGCUUACAUCAUGCUAGGUUCUACUAUGGAGUCACAUUCUAUGUUACGUGCUACUUCUGAUGAAGUCACUCUUCAUAUGCGGUGAGGAGAACAUGUUGAGAAAAUGAAUGUGCUAUUUUACUGUGUUCUGUCAGUGCACAGCUAUGUUCAGGAAGUCUCUCCCCAAUUCAAUCCCAAAGUAUCUUGGAUUGAACCGGUUUCCAAAUCGAGAAGAUGGUAUGGAUUUUGAUUUUAGGUUGUUGCUUUUUAAAAUUUGGAUCUUUUUUGUACUCAGCUAGGAUAUCAGACAAAUCAUGUAAAGAACCUUAGAAGCCAGAGAUCUGCACAAGUUGUGCCCAAUUGAGGCUUCUUUGUUUUCUCAUCAACCCAGGAUGCAUCGACAGUCAGCUUGACACAUCUUUAACUGCCUUGGCUGAGUGCUUGGGAUUUGUGGUUUGGUGAGCACCAGCACUCUUUAGCCAAGAAGAUAAAAUAUUUGGUGAAAAUACCACUCCCAUGAUUUUAUAUCAUCGAGUCAUGGCAGUUAAAGUGGUGUAGAUGCACCCCAGGAAAGAAACUCCUUUUUUAAACAGAACAAACAUUUCCUAAUUGGAAGUAUUAUGAGAGGAAAUGACAGCCAAAAUUCAAGCCACAGUUCUUGGAUUUACAUAAUUUGUUUAAAACUUGGCAUAUGCAUGGAACAUAAGUCUUAAAAGCUUUCUGGUUAAAAAAAAUCCUGAUGUUUUGGGUCCAUAUACUGUGGCCUAGAACUAAACAUUAGAUGGAGAGAAAAAAGCCAUUUCCUUUGGUGUGGCAGUUAUUAAGUCCAAUUUAUUUCUAUGGAAAUCAGACGUGGAUAUUGAUUGUUAGCUAAUGAUGGAAGGAAAUCACAACUAGCAAUUGUUUCCUUUGUCUGAAGACAGUAGCAGAUUCCUUGAUGCUCAAACCAGGAUUGUCAAAAUUGUACAAUAAUUUCUGGUGAUUUUAUAUAAAUAACACUGACUGCAUGGAGGAGAAAUACUUUUUCUAUGUAAUGACAUGUGCAUUGUGUAGUAGCCUCCUUCAACAAUCUUGCCUGUAUAUUAAAUAAAACAUGUUAAAUUUUACCUUGAAUAUUUUAAGUCCCAAAAUUCAUGAAAUGUGCUGAGCAGAGCAGAAAUCUGCAAUGAGGGAUUAACCAGUGGAAUAUUGGCUUAUUCUGAUUAUGUAUGCAUUAAGCCUAUAGAUCAGUACAAAAGAUAAUGUUGGAGCACCCUCUCCAAUUUUCAGUGUUUAGCUGAACUAACCAUAUUAGGACAUCAACUCAAUUUCUGAAAAAUUGCAUUAAAAUCAAAUAGAGAAGAACCAAUCACAAACCUGUGAAAUUUGCGUAACUUAUUUUUGUAGCUUAAUUUGGAAUGUGUGUGAUAUCAUUGAUUUGGGAAGAAUGGAGACUUCGUAGAAUAAUGUAAGGCAGUAAGCAUGUCAGAGGACAACACAGUGGGGAAGUAAGAGUUGAACUCAAACUCUUACUUUUUCUGAAUUCAGCAUUUUUAAAUAAGAGUUUGCAUAACAAGAUCUGAUAGCUGUUUUAAAGGCCAUCUUCUAUAUUCUUCAUCUUUGUAGUUCUUAGAUCCCUAUAUUCUUAGUAUGUUUGACCACCAAAGCAUAAAUAAUUUUAAACGUGGAGACUAAUGAAAGCAAAAAAAACCUUCAAAUGGUUUCAAGGAAAUCCAAAAUACUUUACUUACCUUACAUGUUUGUUCACGUGUGCAUAUUGUUACUUUCAAAGGAGAAGUUUUCUGGAACAUGCUGCUGCUCUUCUUUUUGUGGUAUAAAAACAUUUCCCAGCUAAAGAGGUUAAGCACAGGCAAACACCUACUUUUACCUGGAUAUACCUGUAUAUGGCAUGGAGACUCAAGGCGGCUAAAAAUCCCACACUUCAGUCAAGUUUAAAUUACAAAAACAGUUAAAUGGUACAAUGUUAUUAGUUCUCAUAGGGUUAUUGGAAUAGGGAUUUUAACUAUUUGUAUGGGAGCAAAGGAAAAAUAAGUAGCAAAAUUCCACAAGGUUGUUGGCUAGGUUACAGGUUGGGGAAAUACAUAAAAAUCUCUUUGUGGUAAGCUUUCCUAUAAAUCAGGGACAUCUGAAAGCUACAAUAACCUUUCCUCCCAAACCUAGAAAUGAACAAUUUACAUAAUUACUGUUACUCCUACCUUCUCAAGUUCUUGUGGUCUACAUCCCUUUUACAUAUACUGUUGUCAAGCUAUGGGCGCAUAGCUGUAAAAUGACUACAGUUUGAAACCACUUUAAUUGCCUUGGCUCAGUGCUGUGGAAUCCUGGGAGUUAAUGUUUUAUUUCUUCAUCAGUCUUCUCUGCCAAAGAGUGCUGGUGCCUCAUGUCCGUCAGCUCUAGCUUGUGGGGACAUGAGAGAAGCCUCCCAGCAACACAUCCCAGGGGCAUGCCCCUGAGCAACGUCUCUGUAGAUGGCCAAUUUUCUCACACCAGAAGCUACUUGCAGUAUGUUCUCAAGUCGCUUCUGACAUGAUAAAGAAAAAAAAAUAAACUUCAGAUCUUAGGAUUCCAUAGCAUUGAGUCCUGGCAAUGAAAAUGCUGCCAAACAAUUAAUUUAUAUAUGUAUUUUAAUUUUUUCUGCCUAAUACCUUACAUUUCUUCCUGUUGACAUUCAUUUUGUUAGUUUUGGCCCAGCUCUCUAAUGUGUUAUGGCUAUUUUGGAUUCUGAACUUGUCCUCUGUAUUAGCUACUCCUCCAAAUUUGGUGUCAGCUGCAGAUUUGAUAAGCAUGCUCUCCAAGUAAUUGAUACAUUCGCUGAAUAGCACUGGACCCAAGACAGACCCCUGUGGCACUCCACUUAUCACUUCUCUCUGGGAGGAGGAUGAGCUAUUGGGGAGCACCCUUUGGGUUGGGCUGAAACGAAAAAGGGGCAGGGAGUAAUGCCUAAAGCCAGUUACAACAUUGUUUUUGAGGGGACUUGUAGCCACAGGGGAUAAUGAUUUCCAUCCCUGAUAUAAAUAUUGUAGCAAUAGGAAGUGCAAAACUGCUACACUCUUUUAUCUAAUAACAUUACUUUGCAUGAGAUAUUCCCAGACUAUAUUUUUGUUCUGAUUUUCUGAACUGUAUGUCCAUAAUGCUGAAAUAUCCUUGUGAUUUGUGGGGUUCAGACUCUUAUGUUAAGUGUUCCUCUAUGUCUGUUUUGAUUCCAUUUUAGAGGUUAUUCACAGUAUGUUUGCUUUCUGCUGUACCAUCCCUAUUUUGUUUUCUUGACAAUUGUUUCAUUGGAAUCAUUUUCUACAGCUGGCAUCUAGCCCAGAGCUCAGUCUGUGGUCUUCAAGCUCCAUUCUGGUUGCAUAACCAUUGAAGAUCUAUAUGUAGACUUGCUCGUCAUCCCCCCCACCUCCAAAGAUCUUUCAAUCAAGGCAUGUAGCAGAACAAGCUGGAUUUUUUUCAUCUCAGUCCACAAUUGGCUUCAGACAAGAAUCGGAGUUGGAAGAGACCUUGUGGGCCAUCCAGUCCAACCCCCUGCCAAGAAGCAGGAAGAUGACAUUCAAAGCACCCCCGACAGAUGGCCAUCAAGCCUCUGCUUAAAAGCAGCAUGGUGAAGCCGAUUAACAGUUAAACUCACUUCAUAGAACUUUGUUAAAACAAAUAUCCAUCAUAGUAAAAAGGCAAGAUUCAGUUAUUAAAACAAAUUAUUGUGUGCUUUGAUCAAUUGAAGAAGAAAAACAUUAUGUGAUCCAAUGACACUGCAGUCUUAAUGUGUGUAUGGCGGAGGUAUGUUGUGAGAUCUCACCUAUGUAGUCCUUAACAAGCCUUAAGCGGGUAAAUGUAACCAAGUUUGUAUCUAAAUUUGAAAUAACCUGUAUGGGAUUACCCUCUCUUGUGAGAUUUGGGAAAUGAAAUGUAACUAGCUCUUAAUAAAAAUGUACUUUUACUGUAA